AUGGAUAAGGACAGCUGCAAUGGUGGCAAAGUAUGUUGGAAAAUCUUGGCCACCAUCAUGCCCACGUCAAACGUCAUACCAGCGUCGCCUUGCCUGUCUACCCCGGAACGGGUCGAUACUCCCCCCGGCUACCCAGCGGGCCUCAUUCAUCCCGACUUGAUAAGACAGUUCUUAGAUCCCAUGAGAAAUGAAUUCACCUGUCCCUUGUGCAUGUGGACAACUUCAGACGAAGAGGAGGUGCAAGGACACGUCGCCUCGCAUACCAUGGAUCCCUGCAAAAGCAGCGAAUCGAAGAGAUACCGUUGCCGCUUCUGUCCCUUCGCUUCGAAGCAGAAAGGAAACCUGCUCCGUCACGAAAGAAUUCAUACAGGAGAAAAACCUUACAGCUGCGACCUUUGCGAUUACAAGAGUCAUCGCGGAGAUAAGGUUACUGCCCACAAACUCACCACUCACAAGGUGGCCUCAGCCCCCGGUCUGCCGGGUUCACCAUUGGGUGGACCGUUGAAUCUUUUGGCCAUCGCAAACUUCUCAGCGAACAACAAUGACCAAAACGACUCGAAUCACCAUCAUAACCAAUCAUCCCCUGCCAUAAUCUAAGACAGUCACUGGUGAGACACAACUUAACCAACGAACCAACCAACGACCCUAUGUGAUGGGACAUAGACAUUCCAACCACGGUACACAAGAAGCUUUAAGCCGUGGAUUUAAGCAGCAUUCCAAGCGAUUUUCCAUUGAAUGAUAGUUAUGACAUAUAAUGUGAGACAAUCAAACCGUACGUUCGACCGA